AAAACAGCACUUAUUUUUAAUGAACCAUUUCCAUGUUUGACCGCUAGGUGUAAUAGGUAUUAUAACGGUCCUGAUGUUGUCAAGACGAGUGCGCUCUUGGAGCAGCGUUGGAUGCCGUCUUUUGUUCUUAAACACUACAUUGCCCAUCAUACAACGGAUACGUGCGUCUUCUGAGAUCUGCCUGUGUAAACGUUUUUGUUAAAUGUAACAUAAUACACGCAGAAUGUGUCCCAAAUAUAUUUUAUGCACCAAUAAAUACAUUCAAUUGAAUAAGAAAAGGUUUGAGAUUAACCCAGCAUUUAGAAUGUGAGGCACUGUGGCUCAGAUCCUCACAUUCUAAAUGCUGGGUUGAAAUCUAAAACAUCAAAACUCGUUGAGCGAAAACGAUUUCCAUUCUGAAAAGGCAGGGUCCUCAUAUAGUGAUUGCCAUCGAACGGUGAGCUGGUCAUCAUAAAUUACGUUUUGACGAACUGAACUAGCACUUAUCGAGAGCUUGUCUCUUUACGGAGUCAAAAUCAAGAGUUGAAGGCAGCGGGAGACCAUGGACGUGGCCCGGAUGUUACUGUGCCUUAUCUCGGUGCUGGUGUCUGAGAAGUUCCUGGUGGCUGCGUUCUCCCAGAGCCUGGUCAGCGACUUCACAUUCACACUCCCCGCAGGGCGGAAGGAGUGCUUCUUCCAGACCAUGAAGAAGGACGCGUCGCUGGAGAUAGAAUAUCAGGUGCCAGGGGUUUAUAUGGUGUUGGACGGAGCAGGUCUGGAUGUCGACUUCUCCCUGUCGUCUCCUACUGGACACGUUCUGUACAGCGAACACCGCAAAUCAGACGGAGUAUACACUGUAGAGACGGAGGACGGAGACUACAUGUUUUGUUUUGACAACUCGUUUUCUGCUGUGUCGGAAAAGAUCAUCUUCUUCGAGCUUCUCAUGGACAACAUGGAACAGGAAGGGGAGGAGCCAGAGGACUGGAAGGAGUACGUCCAUGGGACCGACAUGUUGGACAUGAAGCUGGAGGACAUCAUGGACACCAUCAACAGUGUUAAAGCCCGGCUGGGGAAGAGCCUUCAAAUACAGACUGUGCUCAAAGCGUUCGAGGCUCGCGAUCGCAACCUCCAGGAGUCCAACUACGACCGGGUCAACAUGUGGUCCAUGACCAACAUGCUGGUGAUGAUGCUGGUGACGGGAUUGCAGGUCUACCUCAUCCGUGCCCUGUUUGAGGACAAGAGACACGCGCGCACGUAACACCCCGCCCACUGGGAAGGGCCAGGGAGAGACGGACAGCUCUGUCUACACCUGCCAGCCAAUAGCGAGCAGGACUGUUGGUGAAGAUGAGAUUGUAACUCAUCAGAUUUUUAUGUACAACACUCACACACUCAUACGUUACAUCACACAUCCUUACAGACACAAAUGCCAUACCUGUCCAGUCUCUUCCUCUGCUCUGUUCUCCUCUGUCUAGCUGCUGUUGGUCAGAGGGUCUGUGUUUGUAUCUGCUCUAUCUAAUAAUCAGUGGCGGGUGAAACACCAGCCAGACCUUCAGUUAUUGGUGUUUAAAAGUGAGCGUAAAUGAACAAGUAUUUCUAAUUUAAUAUGUUAAUGUGACCUCUAAACUUUUUCUUCCAGACACUGAGGUUUGUGACUGUCCUGUCUCUGUGUCACGUCUUUCGAGGUCUUCCAGUAUGUGACCUGUUGAUGAGUCAUGUUGUGACCUGUUGAUGAGACCUGUUGAUGAGUCAUGUUGUGACCUGUUGAUGAGACCUGUUGAUGAGUCAUGUUGUGACCUGUUGAUGAGACCUGUUGAUGAGUCAUGUUGUGACCUGUUGAUGAGACCUGUUGAUGAGUCAUGUUGUGACCUGUUGAUGAGACCUGUUGAUGAGUCAUGUUGUGACCUGUUGAUGAGUCAUGUUGUGACCUGUUGAUGAGACCUGUUGAUGAGACCUGUUGAUGAGACCUGUUGAUGUGACCUGUUGAUGAGUCAUGUUGUGACCUGUUGAUGAGACCUGUUGAUGAGUCAUGUUGCGAAACACUUUAUUGUAGAGUAGGUUAUUGAUACGGCCUUUCACCCUCUCACUCUCUUUCAAAAACACACACUCAAACCCACACACACUCAAACCCACACACACUCAAACCCACACACACUCAAACCCACACACACUCAAACCCACACACACUCAAACCCACACACUUCUUCAUUGAAACCGCUGCUGUCUGCCAGUUCCAGCGACUGGAGAAGUGGAGUAGGGGAAUGGUUCCAUAUGUAACUCUCUAAAUCACGGCUGUUCUCUUCUACUCCCUCCUUUUCAUCCUCCUAUAACUCUGUCCUGAUGGUCUGUCAGACUUAGUGCUGACAGGAGAGUCGGGUUUCAGUCAUACAGGCAGAAGCGAAAUGGAACCUGCCCUGCCCCUUUCGCUUUCUUUUUCUCUUGUGACAGAAAUAGAAUGCUAUCUAACACACAGCUGUGUCAUCACAGCAAUCACACGCUGCACCUGGGGGGUAAAAGAGGCAGGGAAGGUUGUGGGAAAAGGGUUGCGGGUGACUGAAGGAGGUGGGAGUGGUUGGGAAAUCAACUAAUUGACUGUUAUUGGGCUUUAUUUUAUUGGUUUGUAGCUCUGUUAUAUACGCACUUGGACAAACAUACAGAUGUGAUUGAUGCACUGAGAUAUGUGCCAACAUUUUGGAGCUGCUGACAAAUUUUUGUCUGAUUUCUCUCUUUAACUGCUAUGUCACAAAAUAGUUUUUCUAUAAAUACGCAAUGCGCUGCUGUGUUGAUGAGUAACACACCACCGCCAUCUUGUGGCUGGACAACAAACUGCUCAUGCAAAACAACGUGACUUUUUUCACCUCUCGGACUGAAGGGUAUACUACAAAGCAUGCUCAAUGAAAUAGCCAGGUAACUUUGAUAAAUAAUCAGAUAGUUAUUGGUUUUCUGGUUCAUUUAAGAAUGCUAAACGUAUAUAUGCUUGAAAUGGGCAUAUCUAAAUGUCAGCUAGAUAAUUCAUUGAACCUGCUUUGUAGUAAACCCUUAUGGCUUUCAACCUAUCCCUGCUUUGAGAUAUUAAAUAAGCAAUAAUACAGUGCAGCAGUAUCCACUCUUUCUCCACUUUUACAAUGGGAGAGUAACUUACUAUACAAUAACAAAGUGAUGUUCAAAGGAUCUUGCAUUGUGCCAUUAUGAGCCCCCUCCGUCUCAGUUACAGCUUCUCUAAGCCAAUUACAAUGGGUUGUAUUGCCACUGUCUGUCUCUGCCCACCAUUUUGUGUCAAAGUAUUUUAGCUGAUGCUCAGGCAAGCAUCACCAUGGGAGAUUAAUCAAUAAAAUGAAUAUUUUUAAUUUAUAGAAUGUCA